AACGGAAACCAGCUCAGAGAAAGGGUAGAGAAGACAAGAUGGCGGAGUGAGUGGGUUGCGUUUUGUACGGACGCUUGCGACCCUUAAACUUAGCCGAAAACGCUUUUAACGGGAUCGACCAAACAACGACACCGUCGGAAGCGUAAAAAAGUCCGCUUUGCCGGUCUGGACGAAGGCGGUCCGGGCAGUUUUCCGACGGCGUUAGCUCGAUGCUAACAUUAUCUGCUGCUUCGAGAUAGCAGCGGUUGUUAAAGGCCCUAAGCUUCUUCGGAUUUAGUUUUGGAUGUAUAGACUUUGAUAUCGACCCUGUAAUUCUCGUUUCUCUUUGGAUUUUAUUGCAACUGAAAUCCGUGUGUCCCGUAAUCUGUUAAAACCCGAGGAAUCCACAGAAGAAAUUUGUCGAAAAUUUGCUCUGGUGUCGAUAAUAUUUUUUUUUUUAUUUUUUAUUUUUUUUUCGGGGGGGGGGGACUCGAAAAGCUAGUCUAUAAUUACCCCCCAUCAAGACCAAGUGGACAUACAGGACUGUGCUACACUGAAUUUUGGGGAAAUUCAUAAAAGUUAAUCGGGUGGAAAUUGUCAUUUUGAAGAAUACUAUGGCGAGUAGCAGUGGCUCCAAAGCCGAAUUCAUAGUCGGUGGAAAAUACAAGCUCGUCAGAAAAAUAGGAUCGGGAUCUUUCGGCGACAUAUACCUGGCCAUCAACAUCACAAAUGGAGAGGAGGUAGCUGUAAAACUGGAAUCACAGAAAGCCAGACAUCCACAGUUGCUAUACGAAAGCAAGCUGUACAAAAUCCUACAAGGUGGCGUCGGGAUCCCACAUAUCAGAUGGUACGGCCAAGAGAAGGAUUACAACGUCCUAGUCAUGGAUCUGCUUGGGCCCAGUCUGGAGGAUCUGUUUAACUUCUGCUCUCGCCGCUUCACCAUGAAGACGGUCCUCAUGCUGGCAGACCAGAUGAUCAGCAGAAUUGAGUAUGUACACACAAAGAACUUCAUCCACAGAGACAUCAAACCAGACAACUUUCUCAUGGGAAUCGGCCGUCACUGUAACAAGUUGUUCCUUAUUGACUUUGGUUUGGCGAAGAAGUACCGAGACAACCGAACACGACAGCACAUCCCCUACCGAGAAGACAAGAACCUGACUGGCACAGCGCGCUAUGCCUCCAUCAACGCACACCUGGGUAUUGAACAGAGUCGCCGUGAUGACAUGGAGUCACUAGGCUACGUGCUUAUGUACUUCAACAGAACCAGUCUACCAUGGCAGGGAUUAAAGGCUGCCACAAAGAAGCAGAAGUAUGAGAAGAUCUCAGAAAAGAAGAUGUCCACCCCUGUUGAGGUCCUGUGUAAGGGUUUCCCAGCAGAAUUUGCCAUGUACCUGAACUACUGCCGUGGCUUGCGCUUUGAGGAAGCUCCAGACUACAUGUAUCUGCGCCAACUGUUUCGCAUCCUCUUCAGGACUCUGAAUCACCAGUACGACUACACAUUUGACUGGACCAUGCUGAAACAGAAAGCAGCUCAGCAAGGAACAUCUUCCGGGGGCCAGGGCCAGCAGGCACAAACCCCGACAGGCAAGCAAACUGACAAACCCAAGCCUAACAUGAAAGGUUAGUAGCAAACAGCCAAGUGACGUUUUUUUAGACACCAAUUGCCCAUACUCAUUCACUAUCGUAUUUAAAGACUAUUAGAUAUUGUUUUAUUCCUAAACCCACACCCCAGUGCCCCUUAAAAAAAAUAAGCGAGAGAGAGAGAGAGAAUAAGAAAACCAAAUUGGAAAUCUAAAGCAUAAAGGCUCAUUAUUCCUGCUGGAAGGAUGAAGCCAAACAGCAAUGCACAUCUGAGGAGGCACCAGAAUAUAACAAAAAAAUCCAAAAGAAUAAAAUAAAAAGAAUAAAAAAAAAAGAUACAAUUGGUCAGUCUUGCUGAAGCAAAGACGUCCUUGGGGAAUUUGACUACUAACUUUACAACCAUGCUGUUCUGUCCCUUUGUUGGAGGCAGCAGACUUUCUCUGCUAUGACUGUUUCAAUACUGACUAACUAGCUCUGAUCAUAUACUUCUUGACUUUUCCCAAGUCUUUAUUAACAUUCCCUCUCUAAACUGUAUAAUGUUGAAAAUUAACCAAUCAGCUUUCAAAAUUGAAAAGGCACAAAGGGUGGUACCUGUAAAGGGGAUGGGGAUGUAUUGGACAGUAAGUGAAAGCAGGAAUAAUGGGUAAGAGUGAGGAAUUCCGAAUCACUUUGACGGGGCUAAAUUACGACAGGUCUUGUAGUGUGUUUCCUGGGAUUGUGAGUGAGGACGGCGAAUGAACCACACUGUCACUGCAUGAGGAACGCUGGCAUCCUGAAGAAGAGCAAUAGUUGCAGCAACAUUGGCAUCAAAACUGUUGUUUUUUUGAACACUUUACAGUCACCAUAAAUGCAUCGACCCAUUCAUUCACUUAGAGCGCAUGCACACGUUUUUGUAUGGCUGUCUUUGUGAGGACAUUCAUUGACAUAAUGCAUUCCCUAAGUCCCUAACCCAGUUGUACCAUUUGCCUUAAAACCAACCCUUACAACUUUUAACCCUCAAACAGUCUGUGGAAGAAGUCAAAAUGUCCUCACUUUGCACAAAUGUCCUCACUACGAUGGUGAAAAACUGGUCCUCAGAAAGAUAGCUGUACAAGAGCAUCAUACAAACUUACAUGCAGCCUCAGGACUAAAGACUAGAAGCAGCUUCAGUUUCUCGCUCAAGGACGCUUCAGCAUGUGAAGUGGCUCAGCUUAUCUCAGUCCACUAGAGCACCUGUGGAAAGUGGUGCCAUUGGAGGAUCUGAAUCGUGGAUUGUGCACCCAACAAACUCAACCUGGUAUCGUCAAGCUGGUGGCUGACUUAAAAGGACAAAUUCAAUAUUCAGUAUCAUCAAACACCAAGAACUGUGGCCUAGAGGUUAGAGAAGGACAUUUGGAGCCUUGUGGAUUCAUUCAAAUCCUAAGUCUGCUGGAGAAGAGUCCUUGAAGAAUCACAUAACCCAACAAGCCUAGUUCCCUUUGUUUUAGCUCCGUCUUUGGAUACACAGUAGUUCUAUACUAAACUGAAAGGAUAUCGUACGGGUAACAACAUAAGGACAGCAGGGUGGAGGUACAGAGGAAUGAUAAAACUGUUAACUAGUCCUCAGGAAAUAAUCCUUGGAUGGUGAGGUAGGGUAGGAUGGAGGAUAAGUCCUCAGUGUAUCAAGUUCCUCAGCAGCCGCCUUGAUUCUGUCUUGAUCCAUUUUCCACCGAGCAGGUUCCAGGCCUUGUUGAGAGCCAGUGCCUGACUUAGCACCAGUUGUUUUUCCACCGCUUAAUCAUCAGCCAAAACAGGCUCCAGGCAAACACCAACUUUGAGCUGGGGUUUCUAAACGGGAGCCAGAGAUAAGAACCAGGCGGAGUUACAUACCAAAACAAGGAACAGUAAAAGCAUUGAACCGCCAACUACAACCAGCAGGUCACAUCAGAAAGAAAAGACAAAGAAUUAUGGGCACUAAAAAACAAGCAGCGCAGUGCUUUCUGGCAGUGUGGGAUUCAUUCAGAGUCAAAGACAAGUUCCAUUGUUUUGCUUUUAUACAGGAAAAAGUGUAACCUACCACUGACUUGAUAGUUUAUCUUGGCUGUUUCUGUGGUGUCUGGCUAUGGAAAAGCAAACGCGUUCUUGGAAGACACCAGGUUGGAACCAGUUAAGCACUGGCUAUAGCACCAGGUUCUUUUUAGUGGAAAAGGGGUAAUACACCUAUUCGACAAGUAGAAAGUUAGUUAUCCCUUAGUGGGAAAGAAGUAGAGCCAGGGAGAGGAGCUGGAUCUGGCUGCUGACUCCCCCUUCAGGUAGGGCUCUGCACUUUACCUCCCCCAUGCUGCCUGUUUUCCAUAAGAAGAAUAGAAGAAGAAUGAAAUGGGGAAACCAGCUCUUAAACACCAGUACCACACACCAGUUGUGUACUCUGGAUUUCAUCGUGUUUUGAGGCAUUGAUAAAUGCUUCCGUGACAAUGUAUGUUGCAGUGAAAGAAAUGUGUUUUGUGUUAGCUGGCAGCAACUUAGAUAACCUGAUGAUGAGUCGCAGUACCGUAGCCUGGAAGUACCAAAUUCAUGGCAUAGUUUUAUUUAUUUGUUAAACUUUGAGACAGAAUUUUUAUGACACAUAGUGCUGGAGGCCAAGCUUGUGCCGUCCCGACUGUUUUAUUACGCAGCAAUAAGGGUUGGGUUUUGUUUGAGUUAACAGGUAGUUAAAAAAUCAUCCAAGCCUUUUUCUUAAAGCGACAAGGCGACAAGGUACUUUGAAUUUUAAUAAAAGGGAAAGGCUGAACAACGGCAGCCUAGUUUAAUAUGGUGGCGUUAGUUCAUGGAAAAGUCUCUAGGAAUUAGCUGGGAUGGAGUCUAAAGGAUGUCCUCAGUGUAAUUUUGUCAUUACUAUUAAGGACUAGAUGGUUCAUCAGCCUGGCUUCACUACUGAGUUUUUUUACACAGGAUUUGACGGAUGGUCGGUUGCAUUUCUGUCAACUUUAAUAGACAUUUUGUGUAAGUUAAUCUGCAUUUUAAAGUCAUAAAAGGCUUAUAUUAGCCCAUAUAAAUUACCCUGUAUGACCAUCUCUUGUUGAAAUAGGAUAAUGCAAAGGAUAUUGUGCACAAUUAUAAAAGGCUCCGUUCUGCACCAGAUAAGCUGCUAGGUUCAAAGUGUGUAGAGGUAAACGCAGACCUGGUGACAUCCAGUAAAAGAAAAGUAGAUAAACCUCAAUGUAGAUGGAGGGAUAGAUUUAAGAUCUAAAGGUUGAGGCCAUUGUCUUGUACAGGUCUUGACUUGAUGACGUCCCCUUGUGUUCCCUUGUUAGUCCACCAUAAGCUGAUAUUUAGUUUGACGUUGGACGAUGCUCAUUGAAUACAUGUCCACAUGGAGUAGCAUGGAAGAUUUCCCUUUAGAGUCUUCACUGCAAAUAAAAGUCUGGACCAACACGAGUGUAAAAUGCAACUACGAUCACAAGGUAAAGCUGGAAUGACUCUCGGACCUGGAGGAAAAAUAAAAAAUGUUGGCUUUCAUUUCACUUAAAUAUAGAAGGAGCAUUUACUGUCACAGGGACUAAUUAAGACAAGAUGGAUACAGGAAAAAUAUGGCACAAUCCUGAAAGAUACUGCCAAGAAAAUACAGAAAAACAAACUUGAAAGUCUUCGGAGUGUCCCAGCCAGAGUACAUACUUGGAAGACGAGAGUAUUUGAGGAGAGCUCUGAACAGGUACCAACGCAUCCCAUCCAACCUGGUUGAGCCUGUACACAUCUGCCAAGAAAAAUGGGAGGAACAAAGGAAAGAAGCUUGUAGGGUUAA